AUGAUUUUACGCUCAGCAACAAAAUAUUUGGACGAGACCAGGCAAUGGUUUUCUGAUGGUCAUGAAGCAAUAAAAGCGGAUGGAGAGAAGUGGGGUUGGAAAGAAGGUCGCGACUACAUGGUUAUUGAUGGUUCUGUUCAGUCAGGAAAACGGGACACCGUACAAGUAAAAUUCAACAAUCCAAGUAAUCUGCGAGCAAGGUUGAUGCUGAUAUCUACUCGUGCGGGUUCCCUAGGAACAAACAUGGUUGCUGCGAAUCGAGUAAUUAUUUUUGAUGCAUGCUGGAAUCCGUCUCACGAUACACAGUCGCUCUUCCGUGUUUAUCGAUUUGGUCAAACUAAGCCGGUCUACAUCUAUAGGUUUAUUGCACAAGGCACUAUGGAAGAACGGAUAUACAAGCGCCAAGUAACAAAGGAAUCAACUUCCAUGCGGGUUGUCGAUGAGGCUCAAAUUCAGCGACACUAUGAUGGCCAUGAUUUAGAAGAACUUUACCUGUUCAACCCCAAUGAGCUGGAUGAAAACGAUUCUCAAUCGAGACCAAGUUUUGCUCCACCCAAAGAUCGUCUUCUUGCCGAAAUUCUCCUCUCCAACAAAGAUUCGGUUGUGGAUUACUUCCAACAUGACACUUUGUUUGCUCAUGUUGAAGAAGAAAAACUGACUGAAGAGGAACUAAAGGAGGCUUGGGAUGAUUAUGAACGCGAUAAGAAUAUGAGCGCUUAUGGAAGAGCUGGACAACUUGGUGCUACAGGAAUUAGUGGUCUCGGAAAUCUCGGUAUGAAUCCCAUGACUGCUUACCAACAAAUGCAGCAGCAACUUGUGCGCACUCAGGCUUUACAACAGCUUAAUCGUGAUGUUGUAUAUAUCAACUGCUUCAAUAUCCCACUCAUGGACCAUGAUACUGCGAUGAAGGUUUGUGUCUGAC